GCAGAACAACCACAGCAGACUAGCCAGCAAAUAGAGGUAUUUCUUCCUAGCACAUCCGAGAAGGUAGAACCAGAGAAGAAAGCAAAGCUGACAGCAGAGGAGCUGCGCACUAUAGAAGAUGAGGAUGUCCUUGAUAAAAUGCUGGAUAAAACCACAGACUUUGAAGAAAGAAGGUUGAUCAGAACAGCCAUGAGGGAGUUACGACAGAGGAAGAGAGAACAACGUGAGAAAGAGAGAGAACAACGCUUACAAGAGUUGAAGAACAAGGAAAAGGAAGCUCGGCUAGCAAGAAGCACAGAGACCAGUCUACGGCAAAGUGAGACUAUAAAUCAUGGCAAUGCUGUCAGCACCGUCACCAAAACACAGACACUGGUGCAGUCCAACGAUGGCAGUAGAUCAUCAAGAACAACUACAAUGGAGGCUAGUUAUAUGAAAAGAUCAGAAAAUGGUGGUACAGUUGUUCAGACAAAAUCUGCUUCAUAUAGCUCAACGUCUAAGAAAGUGGGCAGG